AUGACAGACGACGAGAAACAAGACGUAUCAAGCAUAGCAUCGCCAACUACCAGAACAAAAGAUGAUGAGGCACGUCUAUUCUGGAGUCGAAGUGUGUCUCUACCCGAACGAUCGUUACCGUCACAGCGAAAACAAAUCGUGCCAUCUAUACGACCGCAUUAUCUACCACCAGACACUUUAAUGUAUCCAUUACUUAGUGCUAUACAACGUAAAUCAUGGGUACGAGCAAAGCGUCUGUGUCAUGAAGUAAUUGCAUGCGAACCAGAGCGGAAAAUUUAUCAUGAACUUUAUCUUCGACUUGAUCAAAUCACUAAACUUGCUAAUCAGAGACAUCAAUCGCGAACGACUGCCGCCAGUUCAGCAUCGACCAUAGUGGCAGAGACUGCUGGUGACAAUUCGAGUUCUGAAACUGUCUAG